AUGGCAAAUCGCCACCCACAAUCCCUCCUCAAGCAAUUCACGAACUACACAAACUCCGGCAUCGGGUUGGAGAACGUCUUGCGUGUGAUCCAGUCAAUAUGCCAGGUCAUCUCAGCUUCAGUGGCGUCAGCGUCUGAGGCAGAACCAUGGACGAAGGCUUGGAUUAAUUUGGCACUGAAAGCACGUGAAAUCAAGGACAAGAGAAUUGAUUGUUUUUCCCACCCCUUUUCAGGUCGCCGAUACUUCCGCUACUUUCAAUUUAUCGACUGCUUUGAGCGGGCGUGGGCGAUUCUCUCCGGACAAGACCCGGCGUCAGGUAGGGGAUACGUGGUGCGGACCAUGGCGGUGGGAGAAUGGAGCUGUUUGGGUGGCUACCUACUCCUGGAGGCUUUUACGAUUCUCGACGCCCUAAACAUUCAUCCAACUCAAUGGGCUGAACAGGUCCUUCUCGAAAGCUACAGAUUCUGGUUCUAUUCGAUGGUUUUUGCCAGCGUGAGGAUUUUAUGGCAAUUAUUAGUGCCACCCUCUCCGCCCGAAGGUCAAGAGGCGAAGCUCGUCAAUGUCAAACAGGAAGACGAAAAGGGGGAUUCCAAAGUGGGGAAUAAGAAAUCAUUUGCCGGAGCGAGCGAUGAGACUGUUGCAGGUAGCAAUGCGGAUAUGAACACCGUCCACCUGUUGACAGAACUUGUAAUCCUUGGAUGUGACAUUUUAAUUCCUGUGCAAGCUCUGGGGUGGCUGAAUGUUGACGACGUGACUGUUGGUAGUGCGGCAGUCCUUAGCACGCUAUUGAUGGGGAAGGAUAAGUGGGUUGAAGUGCAGGCACAAGUAGGCGCUUUGUCAAGGGGACAAAUUGGUUGUUAAAAUGUUGGAUUUUCCUAUCGCUUUGGUUCUGAUAUGAUUGGAUUGGGUUGAGCAUUUAGAAUUCCUUUGAGUGUGACCGCGGAAUGAAGGGAAUAUAAUAUAUUGCAGUAGAUGUUCGUAUGCCCCGAAAAAAUAUUGAUGAAUAAAUCCGAAAACCUCCUGUCCAUACCUACACUAGCCUCUCAUGAUCAUAGUGGCAGAGUAUCAAGAUUCCGUCAAAAUACUCCUAUUCGACCAAAACUCGCACUCAUCCUGACUCCACACAUCAUUUGCUAUUUGUGCUGGAAUCCCAAUCCCACCGCCUCCGGCCCGCUCAUCAUUCCCUUCACCAAAUAGCAUAAGAGUCCUAUUUUUCUUCCACCACCUACCACCAAACGCCUUCCACUCAGGUCUAUCCGGAAAUCUUCCGGGGACAGCAUUAGGAUCACCAGUGGUAAGAAAGGACGUGAAAUAUGCAUGCAAUGUCCCAGCGAUUUCUUCCUGGGCAGCGGAAAUCUGCCGCACGCCGCGGCUAUACGUUUCGUAUUCGGUCUGGUCCGCAUGGCUUGCACCACCCUUCACGGUUUUAUUUAGAGCCCAGUGGUACAAAUAUACCGGCGCUUGCUGUCCCGCCGAUGCGUGGUGGACAGUUUGCCGAACAGGGCAUAUAUAAGCGAAAUUACCGUAAGCGGCCUCGACACGCUUGAACUGAGCACCUACUC